UUUGCGUUUCCCUGGUGAGAGAGGCAUUUGACAUAUGGAUCCGUAACAGCUGCUGGCACGAGCCAGAGCCUCAACUCACACUUUGAGUCUCAGGAGGCUAUCACAAUCAUGCUCUGCCCUGCGCCUCUGUGCUUAAAGGUCAUCACUCUGGCACGAACCGGGCUGGCGUUAUACCAGCAAGAUACUUCGCAAUUUGAGCCCUCUAGCACGCCAUCAUCUUGUGAACAAUUGGUGAUAUGGAGCGGGUAUGGAUGAUCAUCCUAGUUCUGUGCUUACGUUGUACUUUUGCUAUCGAUCCGAUCCGCGGCCCAACACAAGGUGACGACCUACAUAGAUACGUAACUCGACCAGAAAUAAGACCGCCGAGACUUGGAAUUCUACAUUCAGAGCCCGAAAGAUUAACACCGGGCUACUGGUUCGUCGCACCAUACGUGGGUAUUCGAGGAGGUGACCGCGAUGCACGAUUCAUACCAUUCCAGAUCGGGCCUCACAUCUACCGCAGUGAUGGAGAACUCGUCUGGAGUGGCGCAGAGAUUGUCAACAACCGAAACACCUUUGACUUUCGUGUGCAAAGUGUCAGUGGAAAGCCGGCCCUGACAUACAUCAUGGCCCCGGGAAACGAGAGAGACAAGGACAGGCAGUCAUACGGAGUGAUUCUCGAUUCCUCAUAUCGACCGUGGAAAAAGGUGAAAAUGCAAGAGAACGGGUGGAUCUGGAAUCUUCACGAGUUCUUCAUUUACAACGAGACUACCAGCAUCAGCGUUAUGGAGGAAGGAAAGAUGGCGGACGUCUCCUCGUUCAACCUGCCUCAGCCCGAGGGACCAAUCUGGCAGUAUGGCUUCCACGAGACCGACGUCAACACCAAAAAGACAACAUAUCAAUGGCGGCCACUCAAGCACAACGUCACAACAGCAGAGUCGAUGAUCAAGCCUCCGAAUGGAUGGUUGGCGGGCGGUCCAGGAUGGCAGAAUCCGCAUUGGGAUUGCUAUCAUAUCAACUCGAUCGAUAAGAACGCCGAGGGCGACUUCCUGGUGUCCAUGAGAUACACCAGCACAAUCUACAAACUCUCCGGCAAACAUGGGUCCGUCAUCUGGCGCCUUGGUGGCAAACACUCGGACUUUAAGCAAGACUUUCGUUUCUCAUCCCAGCAUUUCGCACGAUUUUAUUCACAAAACGGCAAUGAGACAAUCAUCUCGUUCCUGGACAAUGGUUCAGACGAAGAGAACAGACAACCACAGACGGCCAAAACAUCGUCGAUCAAACUCGUCUCGCUUAUCGACGAUGGCAAGACCAAGAAAGCAACACUGCUCAAACACUUCGACAGACCCGACGGCAAGCUCACUAGGUUGCGUGGCUCAGCGCAGGCACUGCCAAAUGGAGGCUUUGCAGCAGGAUGGAGCGAGAGCGGGUAUAUCAGCGAAUUCGCGCCGGAUGGUCACACCGUGUUCGAAGCCAGAUUCACGACCGACCGCUUCAACACCUACCGCGCGUAUAAAUUCGAGUUUGUCGGGUCGCCCAAGGAAGCCCCAGUGCUCAAGACAUUCGCGUUGAGCAACGGCAACGACGAUGUCCUGGCGAAUAUGUCGACUUCGUUCUACGUGAGUUGGAAUGGUGCGACCGAGGUUCAUAGCUGGGAUUUCUACGUGACCAACAACAAGUCGAUGGUCGGGCACGAGGCUCAAAUGCACAAGGCUGGAAGUGUGAACUCGACCUCGUUUGAGACGUCGUUUUUGACGAACGAAUUCUGGGCAUACGCUUAUGUGGAGGCACGAGAUAAAUUCAACAGGACUUUAGGACGGUCGAGCUUGACGACUGUGAUCUUACCAGGCGGUCUGCAGCGGGAGUAUAAUGAGUCGACGUUGGCGGUUGAAGCUGGGGUCCUGCAGGUUGAAUGGGAACAGCGGCAGCAACGACCGAAGACGACUGUGCGCAUCUUGCCCGUCAUUUCGGUCGUCGGGCUGUCGUUUAUCACGCUGGGCUUGAUCGGCUUCUGGGCCGUGAAGAAAUUUGAGGUCCUUGCCGCGUUGGUCCGCCAUCAUGGGCACCGCCUGUAUGGAGAGGAUGACAAGGAGCUCGACCACGAGUGGUCCAAGAGAAGAGACGACCGGUUCCUUGAGGACUGGACGCAGCAGAAGGAUGCACUUUUGAAGUCGUUUGCUGUUUAUAUGGAUGACGAUGAAAGCAAUGAGAAAGAAGAGGCGAUGAGUGAUAUAUCCCUGGAUGAAGGGGGAGGAAGUGCAAAGAGGUGCGAGGGUGUAUAGAAACCUCCAGGCAGCCUGGAGGCAUGAUCAUGUCAUUAUUGGCCCGCGCUUGUAC